AUGGCUACAGUACAUGAAGCCCUUUUUCGCUAUGGAAAUUGGAUAGUACAGUAUGACUUAGGUGCAACGGCACUGACUGCUUCCUUUGGUUCGAGUUCCCAACAUUAUAGACAAGUCGUGGACAUACUUCAGGGGGUUGACUUUGUUCGAAUUCAAUAUAGCGUUUUUCGCCACAGGCGUGGCUGUCGUCUUCAAAUUGCAUUAAAUGCUGUAACUCAAAUCAGGCAAUUACAGUGGGCACGCGGUACCGCUCCAAAUGGGGCCCCUAU